GUCAAUGCACAAAUCCAAGUGGUGGGAUAUAUAGGCUGGUGCGUUGGCGCUGCAUGCAACAGAAUCAAGAGUUGUUCAGCAAGUUGAGGCAAAGUCAACUUCUCCUGUUUUGCAUAGAGAGAUUUAUAUUUUUUUGCUGGGCCAUUCUCACCGAAGGGACCAUGGUCAUGCUGAAGAUCUCCGCUUUCCUCGUUGCCUACGCGCUGGUCAUUUGCCAGAUGUACUGCUCACACGCUGCACCUGCCAGACCGGGUUUAGAGUCCAUGUCAGACCGAGUCACGCUCACGGACUACGAGGCGCGAAGGUUACUCAACGCCAUCGUCAAGGAGUUUGUGCAGAUGACGGCAGAGGAGCUGGAGCAGCAGGCGACCGAAGGAAACAGCAUGGACAGGCCCCUAACCAAGCGCUGCUCCAACCUCAGCACCUGUGUGUUGGGCAAACUGUCUCAGGAGCUGCACAAGUUGCAGACGUUCCCCCGCACAAACGUGGGAGCAGGAACGCCCGGCAAGAAGCGCAGUGCGCCUGAGAGCGACAGCUAUGCAAGCUACGGCGAGACCUUUGACAGCAUCUGAGCCCUCACACACUCCUACUGUGCUCGUGUCUCCUCUUCCUUCUCUGUGCUCUUCCUCUUCCCGUCCCAGAUUCCUCUUUACUGAUUUUGCAUGUUGGGUUGACCCGCUUGACUGACAUGAGAAGAAGCGACGUUCUUCUCUCCUCCCCUCCCUUUUUUGGCAGAGAAUAAUUCCUCACUAAUAUUCCAAGACAAUCAAAGUUAGUUUGCUUAGUGCUUCAGGAGUUUCAACGUCCACCUUUGUGCUGUAUGUGCAACGACUCAGAGCCCCUGAAAUUUAAGACCUAACAGAGAUCACAUCGAAUCAUGAAUAAUGAAUCCACUCCUGUGACACCAUGUUGUUCAAUAAACGUAUUUUUCUACCAGGAAGCUUUAGAUUAUGUCAUUCUUAUGCUGCUUUAGAGCAGUUAGUGUCCAAAUGAUUUAAAUGACAUUUGAAAAAAACUAAAAGCAUCUGAUAGGGACCAAGAAUUUAUCUCUGAAGCUCUCAUCAAGUUUAAAGGUAAGAAAAAGGACAAACUGCAGAAAACCCAUCUCCAAAAUAUCCAUAGGUCUAUGGAUAUUUUACCUUCUGUGGUUUCUGUGCUGUGAAAUCAAUGGUGAUCAACGGAUAUGCUCCGCGAGCGCGUCUGUCGGCGCUAAGCCUGUGUUUGCUCUCCUGAAGCAGCGUUACAGCACAGAAGCGCGCCUGCAACACGGCCACCUGCGUGACCCACCGCCUGGCCGACUUCCUCAGCCGGUCGGGGGGCAUGGGCAACAGCAACUUCGUGCCCACUAACGUUGGCGCCAAGGCCUUCGGGAGGCGGA